GACAACAACGACGAAAACGACAACGACAAAGACGACGGCCCGCAACGCCACGAGGACCUAAAAGAGCAAGCAGCAACGGCAACGGCAGCGGCAAGCACCAUGAGCUCGGUCUGCCGGAACGGGUGCAGGGACCGUGUCCGCUUGUUGGCGAGGUUUCGGUGCCACCGACCGCAGCAGCAGCAGCGGCGGCGGCGGAGCUCGUGGCCGGCGCGGGACCCGCCGCCAGCAGCAGCAGCAGCAACACCAGCAACGACACCAGCAACGACAACGACAACGAAAAGGGCCACGGCUUUGCCCGCCACCACCAAUGGCUCCCUUCCGGCCCGGCCGUCCUCCCGCUGGCCCAAGCAGCGGGCGUUUUCCUCGCUGCCGGCCCCCGAACAGGGGGAGCCGCCCCCGCUGGCCCUGGCGGCAGCGGCGUCCGCCUUUCUGAUCGGGGGGACGCUGCUCUCGGAGCGCCGGAACCAGCAGAACCAACAACAGCAAGGACAACAACAACAGCAACAGCAACAGCAACCGAAGGAACAAAUCCGGGCACCGGGGGGCAUCCGAACGAACGACCUCGGUCCGCUUGGCAUUGGCAUUGGCACUGGCAUUGACACUGGCACUGCCGGCAGCAGCUCCACCACCACMAGCGCCUGCGAGCCCCUCCAGAGGCAACCCGCCAAGCACCCGGUCUCCUCCCCCCAGGCCGCCGGCACCCAGUUCCACCAGCCCCGGAACGUCAUGAUCAGCCGGAUGCGCUCCGUGGCCGGCCGGGGCCUCCACGAGAAGUACAAGGUGGACUGGAACACGGUCCUGGGAGAGGGGGCCUACGGGUCGGUCCAUCCCGCCCGGCUGGCCCUGACGGGGGAAAAGGUCGCCCUCAAGAAGAUCUCCAAGCGGUACACGGACUCCUCGGACUUUUUCAUGGAAACGGACGCCCUGCUGAGGAUCUACGACAACGGGGGGCACCCGAACAUCUCGGGCCUCAGGGACAUGGUGAGUGAGUGGCGGGAACGAUGGCAGUGCAGUGCCCCGUGCUGUAUUGCAUUUUGUUGUGUUGUGUUGCAUUGUGUUGUGUUGUGUGGCAUCACUUUGUAUUGCAUCACUUUGUAUUGCAUCACUUUGUAUUGCAUCGCAUUGGACUGCAAUUAUACUGCGAUCGGAUUUCCUACCAGCCAUCUUGUUGCUGCGUGCGAGGCGCUGUUGGCAAACCCUCACCUUUCUUGUUCCGUUGCCUGCCCGCCUGCCCGCCCGCCCGCCUGCUUCCCCAACCCAUCAGUACGAGGACUACAAGCAGUACUACCUGGUCAUGGACCUGAUCACGGGCGGGGAGCUCUUCGACCACCUCUCGAACGACGGGGCCUAUUCCGAGGCCGACGCCGCCCGGCUCAUCUUCGAGAUCUCCUCGGCCCUGGCCUUUAUGCACGGCGUCGGGGUCAUCCACUGCGACAUCAAGCCGGAAAACCUCAUGCUGUGCAGCCGGAAGCGACGGGGCGGGACCAUCAAGAUCAUCGACUUUGGCUGCGCCAUCACGCAGCCGGUGGGGCACUACGACGACGAACCCCAGUCCGGCGAAACCAACCACAACGCCACCGCCGGCGGCGACGGGGACGCCGGGAACCGCCCCCCCGGAAUGAUCGAGACGGGGACGACGGGCUACUGGCCACCCGAGCGCUUCCGGGGCCAGGAGAUCACCCCGGCCGUCGACACCUGGGCCCUCGGGAUCAUCCUCUACAUCAUGCUCAUGGGAUUCCACCCCUUUGACAUCCGCUGCGACCGGUCCGACGAGGAGGUCGCCGAGGCCAUCCAGCAGAACCCCCUCCCCCCCAUGGACGAGGCCUACGUCGGACACCUCUCCGAGUCGGCCAAGGACCUCAUCCGCAGGCUGAUGGAGCCGGAUCCCUCCAGGCGGAUGAGGGCCUACGAGCUCCUGCACCACCCCUGGGUCCAGGGGGAGACCGCCACCACCGAGGUCAUUGCCGACUCCGACAAGAGGCUCUCCAAGUUCCAGGACCUGCGCUACAAGCUCGAGGCGAGCGUCUUUGCCGUCCUGGUCAACCAGGGCCACCAGGACCUGACCAUGAGCGAGGCCAGGCGGCGCAACAGCGUCUCCAAGAACAACAGCGGGGUCUCCAUCAUGAAGUCGGCCUUUGACGUCUUUGACGGCGACGGCAAGGGAUUCAUCACGGGGGAGGACAUUGGCAAGGUCGUCACGGAGCGCACCGGUGAGGUCAUACAGACCCGGGACGCCAACGAGUUCCUCAAGGUCAACAACAACGACCUGGAGGUCUCGCUGUCCAACUUUUCCAACCUCUUUUCCGGGAUGAAGCACAAGCACUAUCCGGUGCGUGCGUGCGUCCGGGCGGUUGCCCUUUUGUGUGUGUGUGUGUGCUUGUUUGUUUGUGUUUGUUUGUUUGUGGUGUUUGGCUUGGAUGGUUCUGUUCUGUUCUGUUCUGUUCUUUCCUGUCCUGUCCCGUGGCUCGUGUGUCCUUUUUUGGUUUGCUCACGCCACAGAAUUGGUUUUGCGUCUCUGUGUCUCUGAAAUUACGGUGACAGAGGGGGCACUACAUAUUCCAUGCGGGCGACGAGGGCCGGUCGAUGUACUUUCUGAGUUCCGGAAAGGUCGAGGUCCAGACCCGCAAGGGACAACUGGUGGCCAUGCUGCGGAGCGGAGACUUUUUCGGGGAGGGAAGCCUGCUGGACGACAGCAAGCGGCGCUUUACGACGGCCAAGUGCGCCACCCCGGUGGACGUGGUCGAGAUCAAGCGGGAGGACUUUGAUCGCUACACGAGGUCGUCCAUCGACACCAAGAACGAGCUCAAGCGCAAGUGGAGGGCCCGGUCCCUGGUGUACGCCAAGAACCUCCUCCGGCUGGAGCAGAGCGUCAAGGCGCGCACCCUGUCCAAGGGAGACGUAGUCUACCACGAAGGCGACAAGGGCACGGCGAUGUACCGGGUCGACGACACCAAGGGGGGGGAGCUGGAGGUCCUGCACGGCGACGUUCCGGUCCACCGGUACGUAGAGGGCGACUCGUUCGGGGAGUCCUCCCUCCUGUUCGACAAGCCCCGGAGCUCCACCGUCCGGUGCAUCUCCGACACCUGCCGGAUCCACGAGAUGAGCGGCGAGGACUUUAUGGCCGUCAUCCAGUCGAGCCCGGACUCGGCGGACUCCUUCCGGAACAUGUGCCGGAAGCGCCUCUUCAAGCGGGCCGUCAAGCAGUUUUCCCUGGAAACGAACCGCGGCCUCACGGACGACGACAUUGUCGCCGCCUUUCACAACGCCGACGAAGACAACUCGGGCUACCUGAGCGUGGAAGACGUCCGGAGAAUCAUGCACCGCAUGGACCCCGAGUUUCCGAUCUCGGAGAUCCACGAGCUCAUGAAAUUCGUCGACGUCGACGAGGACGGACGGGUCGACAUCCACGAGUUCAAGCAGAUCUUUCGGCAGUUCGAGGACGAAAAGGCCUGAACGAAACGAAACGAUCGGAUCGCAAUGUCUUUUCCCCUGGAGAAGUUACACUGAAACGCGGUGCACAUCGACGACCCGGACGAGGCGUGGUGCCGCCCGGCGAUGCGUCGACACGGAACCCGGGUGGCUGGCGAAACACCGAACAAGACAGCGCAACACAGCCGACCUUUUCCUCAGCGAGGCAGCCUUCUGCAACCAAACGCCGUUCGUGAUCGUUCCGGUGCGACGCAUUGUUUCCGCGAGUUUACAAUUUUGUGGACAAGCCAAUUUUCCUCUUCUUUGUCAACAUCUUAGAUAAACUUAAUACCAAUAG